CCGCGGGAGUUGUUUGAAAACUCUGGCGGUAACCCCGCCCUGGAUGUUUGCUGGCCAGCUAGCUGGACUCUGAGGUCAGCGGACUUCUCGGCGGCCCUGGCCUACAGUCCCCUGAGGGCCGCUGUCGUCCUGGAGCCAUGGGAGCGGAGAAGAAACCGCUUCCUGUGAAGGAGGCUUUUCGUCUGGCGCAGCAGCCGCACCAGAACCAGGCGAAACUGGUGGUGGCGCUGAGCCGCACGUAUGGCGCGAUGGAUGAUAAAACAGUUUUCCAGGAGGAGUUUGUCCACUACCUUAAAUAUGCUAUGGUGGUCUAUAAGCGGGAACCUGCCGUGGAGCGCGUAAUAGAAUUUGCAGCCAAGUUUGUUACUUCUUUUCACCAAUCCGAGAAUGAAGAUGAGGAGGAGGAUGGUGGCAUUUUAAAUUAUCUGUUGACUUUUCUUUUAAAGUCUCAUGAAGCAAACAGCAAUGCAGUGAGAUUUAGAGUAUGCCAGCUCAUAAACAGGCUCCUGGGAAGUAUGCCAGAAAAUGCCCAGAUCGAUGAUGAUUUGUUUGAUAAAAUUAAUGAAGCCAUGCUUAUUAGAUUGAAAGAUAAGAUUCCAAAUGUAAGAAUACAGGCAGUUUUGGCUCUUUCUCGACUCCAAGAUCCCAAGGAUGAUGAAUGCCCAGUGGUUGAUGCAUAUGUUACCUUGAUUGAAAAUGAUUCAAACCCAGAAGUUAGGCGGGCAGUGUUAUCAUGUAUUGCACCAUCAGCAAAGACUUUGCCAAAAAUUGUGGGACGCACUAAGGAUAUAAAGGAGGCUGUCAGAAAGCUGGCUUAUCAGGUGUUAGCUGAAAAGGUUCAUAUGAGAGCUAUGUCUAUUGCUCAGAGAGUACUGCUUCUUCAACAAGGUCUUAAUGACAGAUCAGAUGCUGUGAAACGAGCAAUGCAAAAGCACCUUCUCCAAGGCUGGUUGCGUUUCUCUGAAGGAAACAUCUUGGAGUUGCUUCAUCGGUUAGAUGUGGAAAAUUCUUCUGAUGUGGCAGUCUCUGUUCUCAAUGCCUUAUUUUCAGUGACUCCUCUCAGUGAACUGGUGGGAAUUUGUAAAAACAAUGAUGGCAGGAAACUGGUUCCAGUAGAAACAUUAACUCCUGAAAUUGCUUUGUAUUGGCGUGCCCUUUGUGAAUAUUUGAAAUCAAAAGGAGAUGAAGGUGAAGAAUUUUUAGAGCAGAUUUUGCCAGAGCCUGUAGUGUAUGCAGAGUAUUUACUGAGUUAUAUUCAGAGCAUCCCAUUAAUUAGUGAAGAGCAGAGAAGUGAUUUUGCCUUCAUUGGAAAUUUGAUGACAAGAGAGUUCAUAGGUCAGCAAUUGAUUCUAAUUAUCAAAUCUUUGGAUACCAGUGAAGAAGGAGGAAGGAAACGACUGCUGGCUAUUUUGCAGGAGACUCUUAUUCUACCCACAACCCCAGUAUCCUUAGUUUCUUUUCUUGUUGAGAGACUACUCCACAUCAUCAUAGAUGAUAAUAGAAGGAUACAAAUUGUCACAGAAAUUAUCUCAGAGAUUCGUGCACCCAUUGUUAAUGUUAAUGUAGAUCCAUCUGAUACAAGAAAGAAAGAACUCAAGAUGGCUGAAAUAAAAGUUAAACUUAUUGAAGCAAAAGAAGCUUUGGAAAAUUGCAUUACCUUACAAGAUUUUAGUCAGGCAUCAAAACUAAAAGAAGAAAUAAAAACGUUGGAAGAUGCCAGAACAAGUCUGUUAAAAGAGAUAGAACAGCUUGAAAUUAAGGAGGUCCACAUAGAAAAGAAUGAUGCUGAAACAUUACAGAAGUGUCUUAUCUUGUGCUAUGAACUCUUGAAGCAGAUGUCCAUUUCAGCUGGUAUUGGUGCAACCAUGAAUGGGAUCAUUGAAUCUUUGAUUCUUCCUGGAAUAGUAAGCAUUCAUCCUAUAGUAAGAAAUAUGGCUGUUUUGUGCUUGGGAUGCUGUGGACUACAGAAUAAUGAUUUUGCAAGUAAACACUUUAUGUUAUUAUUGCAGGUUUUGCAAAUUGAUGAUGUCACAAUAAAAUUAAGUGCUUUAAUGGCAAUCUUUGAUCAACUGAUGACAUUUGGAAUUGAACCAUUUAAAACUAAAAAAGUUAAGGCCAUUCAGUGUGAAGGCAUAGAAAUAAGUGACGAUGAUGAACAAGAAGCAAAAGAUGAGGACACUGAUACAGUUAAGAAUGUCCUGAAACUCCUUUCUGAUUUCUUAGACAGUGAGGUGUCUGAACUCAGGACAGGAGCUGCAGAAGGACUAGCCAAGCUGAUGUUCUCUGGGCUCUUGGUCAGCAGCAGGAUUCUUUCUCGUCUGGUUUUGUUAUGGUACAACCCUGUGACUGAAGAGGAUGUUCGACUUCGACAUUGUCUAGGCGUGUUUUUCCCCAUAUUUGCUUAUGCAAGCAGGACUAAUCAGGAAUGCUUUGAAGAAGCCUUUAUUCCAACUCUGCAAACACUGGCUAAUGCCCCUGCAUCAUCUCCUUUAGCUGAAGUAGAUAUCACAAAUGUUGCUGAGUUGCUUGUUGAUCUGACAAGACCAAGUGGAUUAAAGCCUCAGGAUAAGAAUUCCCAAGAUUAUCAGGCCUUAACCGUACAUGAUAACUUAGCUAUAAAAAUUUGUAAUGAGAUCUUAACAAGUCCAUGCUCACCAGAAAUUCGGGUUUAUACAAAAGCUUUGAGUUCUUUAGAACUCAGUAGCAAUAUUACAAAGGAUCUUCUGGUUCUACUGGAUGAGAUUCUGGAGCAAGUAAAAGAUAGGACAUGUCUGAGAGCAUUGGAAAAAAUCACGAUUCAGUUACGAAAAGGAAGUAAAGAAUUUGACCAAGCUCUAGUAGCACAAGAUGUCAGCACAACUACAGCUGUUCUUCAAAAUGAAGAUGAAAAGAAUAAAGAAGUCUAUAUGACACCUCUGAGGGAUGUAAAAGGAACUCAAGCAUCGAAAUCCACACAGCAGAAGACCAACAGAGGACGAAGAAAAAUGACCGCUUCAUCUAGGACCAAUAGGAGACGUCAGACUGAGGCUGACUCAGAAAGUGAUCAUGAUGUUCCAGAACCACAAUCAGAAAUGAAGAUGAGAUUACCGAGACGAGCCAAAAUAGCAGCAGUGGAAAAAAGUAAACUUAACCUUACACAGUUUCUCAGUGAAGACCUAAGUUAAAGAGAGGUGGUGGAAAUGGAAUCCUUUAAAGUUACUUCUUUGCUUUAAUAGUUGCCUUUGUAUUAAAAUCAGAAAAUACCUGA